GCUCGUGAUGUACUACGCGAUGUACAGUGGGGAUAUAGUAGCCGUUUCUAUCUCACGGAAGACACAAUGGUGUGCAUAUCCCCCUAUACAUGUCGCUGCGAGCAGCUGGAACAACCGCGCUGUGUUACGUUCGCCGUUACGAACUGUCAAUUGCAGAGCUGCUUCUCUAAGCAACUUUAUUUUUCUCUUCGAGGUUUAGGGGCUUUUUAUGUAAGGAGACAUCUGACGUCGGGUAACAUGGACAUCGGACGUGUGUCGAGAUCACCAAGUGCAACCAUCAUCAACACUGUAAGAGUAAACAAAUAUGACAAAAAAGUAGCUCCAAACAAUCAGGCUGAUGAUUUCAAACUUCCUGUAGCAGACGACGUUUGGAUAGCGUAGCAGAAAGGAAACUAGAAUUAUAUAUGCUGCGAAUUGCCUCCGCUCCGCUCCCCCAUUCUUUGAACCUCGACCUGGAUGGACCAAUGCGAAAACAGCCCGACACAAAUAACAUUUUAUUAAAAAAAAUGAUCACAUCUCACGUAUGUAUAAUUGUACUUCUCGAAAAAAUAAUUAUUUGUUAUUGUACCAUUA